AUGAGUGAGCCCGUCCAGAGGCUGGUGGAGACUGGCCGAUUGUUUGCUGUACAACAAGACCUAGAUGGUCGCCGCUUUGCCAGGAUUACUUUACAAGACGGACAGCUCUUCCUCCACUCACUCCUGCAUCAGCAAACGCCCGCUCACACCAUACAGGAGAGUGAAGUUGUGGGCUUGCUGGACCCCUCGUGCACCCUAGCAUUCCUUGACCUCGGGUGGGCGGGGUCAUCAAGAGGGCGGGUCACCAUCCGGCUGGCCCCUGACACUCCGCUGGCCAGACAGUUUGUGCUGUUGUGUACGGGCCAAUGGGGCCCCACCUAUCACAACUCUAAACUUUUUGGGGUGUGGGAAAUGGGUCAGGCGGGGGAGUGGGCCAUAGCACAGGCGGGGGAGUGGGUGGAGGGUGGAGACUACGAGAGUAAUGAUGGUCGAGGAGGAGCCACAUUGCUGCCUGACCUGCGAGGGCAGUACCGUAGGUCAGGCAGGGCGGGGUCUGUGUGGUCCUGGUGUGGACUGGGGAGGGCCCGGGGUGCAAAGUUUGGCAUCACCACCAGGGACCACCCGAAUUGUCAUCGGUGGUUACAGGUCUUUGGGGAGGUGGUGAGCGGCCUGGAUGUGUUGAGGGCAGCAUUUAACCACAGUUACAUUACGGAGGUGAUUGUGGUGGACUGUGGUGUUUUGCUGCCACUCUAG